AUGUGCUCGAAGGUGCAUUUCCGCAUCCGAGCAUCAUCUGCGGAAUGGAGCAGAUUUUUUUGUGCAGUCCUCCUGCUCCUCGUCAUGGUACCUGGAGAGGGAACACAAGCGUUAGCAGGCUUGGGAGGUAAAGGCGGAGCGGAUAUCGUCGUCGCGAAAGAUGGCAGCGGCGAUUAUACCACAAUUAGUGAAGCACUUGCAGCAGCGUGGUCCGGCAAUAGGGAUCGAUUCACGGUCAUCCUCAUCAGGGCUGACGUGUACGAAGAGCAGCCAGUGAUGCCGACUUCGCUACACCACGUGGCGCUGGUGGGCGAGAUGGCCGGCAGCGGUGUGAAGGUAACUUCGUCGGGCGCGGCGGGCGACUCGAGUCUGGACGAGUGCGCGACAUUCCAGCUGCUGGCUUCAGAUGUGGUCGUCUCCAAUAUCAUCUUCGAAAACGCGCACGGACCGGGCGAGCAGGGCGGGGACGAGGACCAAGCCUUGGCAAUCAAGGUGGCCGGCACGCGCAUCGCCUUCUACGGAUGCACGUUUCUCGGGUAUCAGGACACCCUUUACGCGGCGUCUGGCUUGCAAUAUUACAAGGGUUGCAACAUCCACGGGCGAAUGGACUUCGUGUUCGGCAAUGCCAAGGCCGUCUUUGAGGAUUGCAACUUCCGCCUCAUCUACUGGGGCGGCGCGUACUUCGCGCAAGCACGCGGGAAGGAGCAGAACACGGGUUUCGUCAUCAAGGGCGGCUCUCUCCGGCCGUACGGCAAAGGCCCCAUCAAGCCUGGCUACCUCGCGCGUUCGUGGGGCGAUUAUUCGACUGUCGUACUCGUCAACACCUAUUUCGCGGAGGGCUCCGUUCGGGCGGAAGGUUGGAGUUACGUUAGUGGUUACAAGCACAUGGACAAGGUUACAUUCGGCGCAUACGGCUGCUCUGGGCCAGGGUAUAAUGCGAGUGCGUGGGAGAUAGGGACGGAAAUGAGUGCGGAGGAGGUGAAGCCGUUCUUGAGCAACGACUACAUCAACAAAAUGAACUGGAUCGCGGACCCUGCAGCCGUCACCCGAGGCGUUGCGACACCUGCGUCUGGAGGCAAGAAGGGCAACAGGAACAACAAGGAAGUUGCAGACAGUGUGUCACCGGCUCAGGCAUCGAGUGGUACCCGGAAGCAGCCUGCCAAGAAACCAGGAGCGAAUUCGGCUGGAAAUGCGAACAGUGGCAAGCCAAGCACGAGCGGCAGUGCAGGACCUAGCAGCAGCAACAGCGGAAAAGGGAAAGGGGGCAAAACGGGACUAGGUGAGUCUCCUGCUCCCAGUGGCAGCAGCAGCACGGGGUCCCCUGGAAAGAAGAAGCAACCGUCUGACAUCAGCGGACCUGUUCCUACCACACCAGGUAGCAAGAAGAGGAAAAAGAGGGAGCAGCUAGCUGAAGUGACUCAACCUCCCGCUGCUCCUGCUGCUGGAAAGAAGGGACAGAAGGUACCGCCUGUUAAAACAACACCACCUCCCGCCGCUCCUGCUGCUGGGAAGAAGGGACAGAAGGUACCGCCAGUUGAAACGACACCACCUCCCGCCGCUCCUGCUGCUGGGAAGAAGGGAAAGAAGGUACCGCCAGUUGAAACGACACCACCUCCCGCUGCUCCUGCUGCUGGGAAGAAGGGAAAGAAGGUACCGCCAGUUGAAACGACACCACCUCCCGCCGCUCCUGCUGCUGGGAAGAAGGGAAAGAAGGUACCGCCAGUUGAAACGACACCACCUCCCGCUGCUCCUGCUGCUGGGAAGAAGGGAAAGAAGGUACCGCCAGUUGAAACGACACCACCUCCCGCUGCUCCUGCUGCUGGGAAGAAGGGAAAGAAGGUACCGCCAGUUGAAACGACACCACCUCCCGCUGCUCCUUCUGCGGGAAAUAAGGGUGAGAAGGUCUCUGAUGGAAAUCCUGCUAGCCCCCCCGCCCCUCCUCCUGGGAAAAAAGGAAAACACAAGGAUCCACCUGCUGAAGUAGUGAGCCCACCUGCGCCCCCUGCACCGACCAAAAAGAAGGUUAGCGGAGGGAGCAGCACAGGCAGUGGUGGUAUUGACGCUUCAGGGAAUACCGGGUCAACGGGCAAGACGAAGAAAACGACUCCGCCCCCCCCUGUUCCUGCGGACAACACGAGCAGCGGCAGCGACAGCAGCAGUGGGGGAGAAUCAGGAUCAAGUGCAGGUGGGACAACGGACCAGCCAACGAAGAAGAGAAAGGGGCUGUUUGGGAGGAGGAAGAAAGAUAAGAGUGGGGACAGCAGCAACGGAGACAGCAGUGGCAAUGGGGACAACAGCAACGGAGCUGGUAAUGACCCAAGUGCUGCAGAUGGGGCGAGUGGAGGGAAUGGGACAGCCCCAGAGAAGAAAGGGAGGGUGAAAAAACUUGUCAAAAAGCUGUUCGGAUGA